ACAUUCCUCGCCGCAUCCGCCGCUCUGAUGGCCAUCGGUACCUCGGCCCAGGGUCAAAUCGCAUCGCUCGACUCGGAUUCCAACUACUGCUUCUUCCUCCCACCUAUGGCCGGUGGAGACAUUGCCGCCAACGAAGACUCUGCCAUCGCCUUCUGUAACCAGGCCAACCCCAAAGCUCCCGGCGCCAAGGUCUUCCCCGACGGCUUUGUCCUCUCCGCCCACUGGGCCACCGGUGAUGGAUGGGUCCAGAUCACUGGCCAAAUCGACCCCACAAAGUACAACCUCAACCCUUGCGACCAAGGCGGUCAAUACGACAUCCGCGCCCCCGUCGGAGCUUCUUGUGCCGGUUACAGCGCCUUCGUGAACGUUAUCGAGCCCUAUGACGGCGUCUACGGCAUGAGAUGUUGCCAGAACUCUGCCGACUGCAACGUUCGCCAAUCCACCUAUGGCGUCCGUGUUAUUUUCGGUGCCCAAUAUGAC